GAAGCGCGAAAUCCUCGUGACAGCGCUCAAUGAUAAGCACAUUGAGAGAGAUAUUUCUCUCGAAUCAAAGCCCCCUCUCUCGCUUCGGGGUUUUAGAUCCAUCUCUCUGUAGAUCGACCGAUUCCUUCCCCCGUUGAUGCUUUUCUAAUCGGCUGCAUUAUGACAAAUAGAAUUCAGAAUGAUGGUGACUCUAGUAGUUCUAGCUCUAGUUCCACAUGUUGGCAGAAGAAUGAAACGGAUGAUGACAGGAUGAUUGCUGUUGUUCUCUCAGAAGAGUAUCAGAAGUUGGAUGGUGCUGCUCCUAGUAACCUGUCCAACCUAGCUCCCAUUCCUCAUGUUCCUAGGACAAAUAUGUUCAUCCCUACACUUAGCGAUGCCAGUUUAGAUCAUCAGCGCCUUCUUCAGAGGUUGAACGCUUAUGGCUUAGUUGAAGUUAAAGUCACUGGUGAUGGCAACUGUCAGUUCCGUGCACUUUCAGACCAAUUGUACAAAUCACCAGAGCAUCACAAACAUGUGAGAAAAGAGAUUGUGAAGCAGCUCAAGGAUAGCCCUUCACAGUAUGAGGGUUAUGUGCCCAUGAAGUACAAGCACUAUUACAAGAAAAUGGCCAAGUCUGGUGAAUGGGGUGAUCAUGUUACAUUGCAGGCAGCUGCUGACAAGUUUGGAGCAAAGAUAUGCCUUCUAACCUCAUUUAGGGACACGUGUUUUAUUGAAAUUGUUCCUCAACUUCAGGCUCCUCAAAGAGAACUAUGGCUGAGUUUCUGGUCAGAGGUACACUAUAAUUCAGUCUAUGUAUAUCGAGAUCUUCCAAAUCGAUACAAACCAAGAAAGAAGCACUGGUUAUUUUAGAAGCUCAUCAGAAUUCAGUCUAUACUUCACAGUGAUUGCAGCCCUCAUUGAUAGAGCUUUGGUGAUUCACUGGCCGGCGCUGCUGACAGAGAAAUGCACCAAACUCUCAAGUUUAUGGGCAAUGGCUUCAUUCCACAGGGACACCACACCACAUUGACUGUAAGUGAAGCUCUCCCAUAAUCAAGGAACCGUAGUUAGUGGCCUGGCCACCUCAAGUAGUGGGGUGUGUCAGUGCUUUUUUAUUCUGGUGCUUCCGUUACACAUGAUACAGACUGCGUCACUGUUCAUUGACAUAGAAUAUAAUAAUGAAUGGUUAGAUCAUCAUACUGUGUUACUAAUUGUCCAGUUCAUUCAUGUGUUUCUCUAAUUAGGAGUGACCCACAUAACUUGCUAGCAUUUUUGUCCAAUGAAUGAUUAUCAACAUGGGGAUUAAAUAUGUAGGACCUGAUUGGUUUGUGCAAUGAUCUAGCAAGAGGGGAAGUUCUCAUUUUUCUCUCUUUUUCUAUGUUUAUUAUUUUUUUACGAGAGUGGUUUACAAGCACAUGGAAACCGUGCAAAAGAAGAAGAAAAUGUUACUGUGUUGGAAGACGACAUAAAAGUUAGGAAUAAAACCAUGCUCAUAUGGGAGAGAGUAGAAACAAACAAACAAAUUACUUUUACUCUGUGCACUGUAGUCCAUGCAUCUGGCAAAAGUUAGGAUUGUUUGUCCUCUCUAAUAAAUGGAAAGGGGCUGGGCAGUUGAAUAAAUGUGCCCAGUUUGCUUGAGAUGAAGACAAGGCACUUAGGCACAGACCAAAACAUAUCAAUUGCUUUCCAUUGCUUUUAUGAUAUAGUUGGAGGGGGGAAAAAAAGGUGAGAUUCAUUAUUCCAACUCCAACAUCCAUUUAGUUGGCCUAUCUAUCUUGUUUUAUCUACUGUAGUUUUUCCUUUUCCUGUUGUUGGUCCUCUAGUUCAGCAAGGAACUCAGGUUACUUUAUUUGAUGGUCUUUGUUUACUGUAUGGUGCCUUGCAUUGAGUCCCAUUAAGAUAUGGCCUAUAGCUGUCCAGAAGAAGGCUCCAAAGAUGGACACAAUAGAGUCCCCAGAAUCCCACACACUUGUCCAUAAAAGAAUCUAUUAACAGUGCAUGUGAUGUUUGCUUGCACUUGAAUGUGGGGGGUGCCCCCCAUCUUAAACUUGCUUGAUUUUCAGGGAAUGCAUACACUUGUAUCAGUUUUGUUGGUGGCCCUGCCUCCCACCAUAUAUUCUAUGUAAAAUUAGAUUGAACCUCUUCUCCUUUUCUUGGACUGCCCCCCUCCAUGAAAGUGAUUGCCAUAAACUAGAUAUACCUCUUUUUCAACAUGAUAACAUUGAAGUCAUGAGCAAUUAGUAAAAGUAUCUAAACUGAUCAAUAAAUCAUGAUUUCCUUGCUUGUUUCUUUUUCACAGAUGAUGUGGGACUGGGAGUUGUUUAAAGAUUGAAACUCUCAUUUGAAUAUUGAAUGAUCAUUAAUUAACCAAAAAAACAAAGAAAAGAAAAGUUUUGAAUGGUCAUUGUUCUUACUUUUUUAUUUUUUCUGUGAGGCAAUGAGUUGCCUUUAUAGAUGGUGCUUCUAUCCAAAUGGAUUUUAAGUAGCAGCAACAGCAGCAGCUUUUAUUUGUAAUGGCUUAGCAUCAUAGUUGAGAUGCCACCACCCUUCCCCCUUUGCUUGCUUUAAUGACUCCACUCCACAUCACAAACACCUGGGCCCUGUGCCUCUGUAAAAAGUGAGCCAAUUAAAGAUCUAGCCUGCAUUAUAGUUUUCAACUUUUUUUUUUUUCUUUUUCUUUUUUGAAAUCAAUGAGAUUCUGAAAUUCGGUUGUCAAUGAACAUCAAGAUUAUUGGUGAUAGAAUAUAUGGUUUUAAAACUCUUGCACAACAAUGUUGGAAUUGAUUGAUUGAAUGAUCACGCUGAGGACCAUCAAUGAGAAACAAAAAAAAGGUGCCAAGUCUGUGACCAUUUGGGUAAAUACGGCUCCAUGUUAACUGGCACAAUUCAAGGACACAUGCAGGCCAUGCCAUUAUGUGGCCUGAACGUGCGCCGAGAGAUUAAUGACAUGGCCCCAUAAAAACAGUGAUACCCUCGUAACCAUUUUACUGGUCAUUAUCUAAUUUUUCUCAUGGAAUAUGGAGCAACAAAAAAAAAAAAACAAAUAAACAAAUAUUUAACAUUAAAAAAAAAGUCCUGA